AUCAGCCAAUAGUAUGAAAGACGGGCGGCUCAUGCAAGCAGCCCAACCAGAUACCAAAACAUGGUGGCACACACCGAGUUCCCCGCUCAAGUUUCUCAUCACAAAAUCAUAAAUAACACGCAAUUUGUAGAAUGUAAUAACGAGAAAAUAGCCGGCAAUAACGCAGGAAAUGACCAAGGAAACACUCAUCAGCAGCAUGGAAUUAGAGCUACCAAACAAAAUGGGGCUGCUAGUUCAGGGUUUGAUAAUGUGUCUGGUUCUAAGAGGAGUAAUUACCACAAGGAAGAAGAGUGCUCACUCUUUGUAGCCUUCUUCACUUUCCUGUCUUAUGGAGUCCUACUCUUCGUUGGCUACAUUAAGGAGUUUUUCAGCCCUGUGACUACCAAAGAGAAGAACAGAGAGGACAUAGAGGAGUGUCCACCGUUCACCACCUUCACCAUCUAUCUGUCCUAUGGCGUCCUCUUCUUCGUUGGCUACAAAAACUUCAAUGAUAUUCUUCUACCACCAUCAACGAAAGAAAAAAACAGAGAGGGUUAUGUCCCACUGUACAUUGGGUUUGAGAGCUUCUACACUCGCAAUGUAUACCGUCGUAUUCAAGACUGCUGGAACAGAACAAUUUGCAGCGUUCCAGGGGCAGAAAUUGAUCUUAUGGAGCGAUACACGCCAGAUAAGUGUUUUGACUAUGAAUUCGAUUCCAAAGUUCCAUUUGACAAAAUUCAUACUAUUUGCAAGUAUGAUGGCUUUUCCAAUCUACCAGUUGAGAACAAGAAACUCCCAUUCUUUGACUAUUACAACUACCAUAUAGAAGUGCAAAGUUGGGGACAAAUGAAGCCAGAAGUUUGUAUCAAAUUUCAUUCACCGCUCAAGAAGUACAUUGCAUUGCCAAACGAUAUUUCGUACAUCAAUGACAGUGAAGAUUUGGAGAUGAAGCUGCGGCGAUGCUUUGAUACACGCCAUCCAAAACCGCCGCCCACCAGGAAGAAGGACGAUGAUUGUUGUGGAGGGGAAUUUAUUUCAAUGGAAGGAAGUAUAUGUGACCUUCCAAAUUUUGUACCUUGGAGAUCGGAGCGCGGGGGGGGGACCACUGGAGAAGUCGUUUCCCAGAAUUUCCUGGAGUUGAAAGAUGCCAUCACCUUUGGCAUGGGCUUUGCAACCAAUGUUCUCAAUUUACCAUCACUUUUGGGCCCAGGUUGUUUGGUAUUGUCAGAUGAAUUCAACCAUGCAUCCCUUAUUCUAGGCUUGCGCCUUUCUGGAGCUACAGUUAAAGAUAUUUCGUACAUCAAUGACAGUGAAGAUUUGGAGAUGAAGCUGCGGCGAUGCUUUGAUACACGCCAUCCAAAACCGCCGCCCACCAGGAAGAAGGACGAUGAUUGUUGUGGAGGGGAAUUUAUUUCAAUGGAAGGAAGUAUAUGUGACCUUCCAAAUUUUGUCAGAAUUAAAAACAAAUACAAGAAAUAAACUUACUUGUAUGUAGAUGAAGCUCAUAGCAUAGGUGCUCUUGGCCCACAUGGUGGUGGCGUUGUAGAUUACUAUGGAGUAGAUCCUAAGGAAGUUGACAUCCACAUGUGAACUUUUUACACAAAGUUUGGGGCUGCAGAGGCCUACAUUGCUGAUCAAAGAACUAAUGAUGAGGAUCUGAUUAACUACCUCCGUGUGACCAGUCAUGCUCAGGUGUAUGCUUCGUCUAUGCCUGCUCCAGUAGCCCAGCAGAUCAUCACAUCGAUGACUAUCAUUAUGGGCAAAGAUGGCAGUAGUGAAGGUCGCAGACGUAUCCAACAGCUGUCUCGGAAUGUGAAGUAUUUCCGUCAGCGCCUUAGACAGAUGGGAUUCAUUGUGUAUGGCCAUGAUGAUUCUCCUGUCGUUCCAAUGCUCUUAUACCUCAUUCCUAAAAUCUCUAUGUUUGUACGUGAGCUAACGAAGCGUGGGGUUGCCGGAGUGGGUGUUGGCUUCCCUGCUACCAAGAUCACUGGUGGUCGAAUGAGAUUCUGCUUGUCUGCUGCCCACACUAAAGACAUGUUGGACAAGAUUCUAAAAGAAGUAGACGAGGUGGGAUACCUGUGUGGCUCACAUUAUUCCACAGCAGUUAGAAAUUCACAACCAGUUGAGUGGUAGAAUAUAAAUUUUCGUAACUUGUUCUCUAUCCAGAGCCAAGCCAAUAAAAGUGUCCUGUAAAAGGGGUUUCUCAGAUGACAGUAUUGAUGACUUUAAGUUGUUUAAUGUAAGAAUUGCCUUACUAAAAUUUUUCCUGCAGUUAGAUGAAUUGAUUCAGUACAUGCUAAUAAAUAAUGUAUAUAGUAUAAAGGAAAAAAAAUGAAAAUUAUAUCCUAAAUCAAUUUACUUUACCAUUUUUCAUAUUCAGUAAAGGAAACAUUUGCAGAGUCACCCACUGUAUAUACCUGUACAUCCAAGCAAGAACAUCAAAGAGGUAAUUAAAUUUUUAAAAUACCUGCUGAUUGAUAUUCAUAACAUGCUGGCUGUCUCACAUCCAGGCAGGUGACCCAAAAAAGAAACACUUUCACCAUCAUUCACACUAUCACUAUCUUGCCAGAGGUGCUCAGAUAUGACAGAUCAGAUGUCUCUCCAAAUCAGCAAAUAUCCCAAAUCCCUCCUUUAGAGUGCAGGCACUGUACUUCCCACCUCCAGGACUUGAGUCUGGCUAACCAGUUUUCCUAAAUCCUCUCAUAAAAUAUUACCUUGCUUACACUCCAACAGUUCGUCAAGGCCACCCAAAAAUUUGUUUCCACUUGUGUCUAAUGUACUCACACAUGCCUGCUGUAUGUCCAAGUCCUUUAUACACAAAACCUCCUUUACCUCCCUCCCAUCCAGGGUACAGCCACACUCUGUAACCAUAUUACCCCUUAAAUCUACAACUAAAUUUAAUAAUAUCCAAUAGUUUCUUUUGCACUGUUCAGGCAACAGGGAGCCCUGCUCAGACAUCAGGGUAAUCCUGCUUGGCCAUUAGGGAGCUGUGCUGAGGUAUCAGGGAUCCCCAGGCUCUAGGGAGACCUGGUUAGGCUCCAGGUAGAAUUAGUCAGGCACUGUUAAUUAAUUCUAACACUCCAUCUUUAAGUGGAGUUACUGUAUAUUAGGUUCAACUGAUUAAGUGGAAGUUAAUUACCCUAAAAACAGUAGACCAUCAAUUAACAUAGUGUUAUACUCCUGAUAAACGGCUUGUAAAUAAAAAAUCUUCUUUCUUCUUUCAAUGUUCCAGCCGUAUCCCACUGAGGUGGGGGUGGCCCAAAAGAAAAAACUAAAGUUUCUCCUUUUAAAUUUAGUAAUAUGUACAGGAGAAGGGGUUACUAGCGCCUUGCUCCCGGCAUUUUAGUCGCCUCUUACGACACGCAUGGCUUACAGAGGAAGAAUUCUGUUCCACUUCCCCAUGACGAUAAGAGGAAAUAAACAAGAGCAAGAAUUAGAAAGAAAAUAGAAGAAAACCCAGAGGGGUGUGUAUAUAUAUGCUUGUACACGUAUGUGUAGUGUGACCUAAGUAGUGUAAGUAGAAGUAGCAAGAUGUACCUGUAAACUUGCUAAAUAAAAAAUGAUUGUAUAAAAUGAACUGAAGAACAUAGGAAAGAAAUAGGGUUACAUUCCUCAGAACCCCAAAAAUACCAGACAAUUUGUUUUAGGUCUUGUAAAAAAUUAUAAUAAUGUAAUUGUAGGUGGAUGUAGUGAUAAGUUUAAUACAAUACUGAUAGCUACAAAGGUUAUAUAAAUAUUAUUUCUUUAUUAAUUCUGGUUGCUGGUGCAUGUUUAUGAUUUUGAAAGGAAUGGUGCAACCCUACUGGGCUGAGGUGUUAAGUUGGGAAUUGUUGGCCAAGGCUCUUGUUCUGGUGUUGAUGCAGAGUUGUCAUUAGGUGAUAGUUGUACUGAGGUAUUCUGUAAUGCUUCUGAUUUGUUCUACCCUGUAGUACUUUAUGCAGCUGUUAGUAUGGCAUCAUUGCUUGGUCCAGAAUCUGCUUCAUAGUAGUGCUCCUAGAUAUGUCAGGCUCCUCUUCAGUGAAAAAGUCUAAUUUUACCAAUAAAAUGGAACUGCUUACAUAACUGUUGAAGUGUUAACUGUUUCCUAGCAGGUUCAACUUUGUCUGUCUCCCUUGUACCAUAGCAACAUUUUCUCUGGACUUCUUUCUUCCUCCUCAUCUUGUAAGAGGUUGUUCAUAUCUGGCUCCUUAUCUUCAAAGCCCUUACCUGCCACCUUCCUUACCAGCUGAACAAUUUCCAAUACCUGACUCUCAGCUGAGCAAAAACCUGUUAAAUUAUUCACCAAACUAGGCCAUAAUUUUCCUCAGCUUGCAUUUAACCCUUUCAGGGUCCGUCCCGUAGAUCUACGGCUUUACGUUCAGGGUCCAAACCGUAGAUCUACGCCAUGAGCUCAGCUCACUCUGAUAAACUGUGAGUGGUACAUUUGGGCCUAGAUAUGAGAGAAUACAACUAUGUGGUAUGUGUGCACCACAUAAAACAGAUCCUGCAGCACACUGUGUAUAAUGAGAGAAAAAAAAUGAAAUCAUGAUUUUUCGAUUAAAACGGCAACUUUGCAGUGUUUUUUCGUAUGUUUUUUAUAGUUGUAUUUGCGAUUUCUUGGUCUCAUUUGAUAGAAUGGAAGACAUAUUACAGAAAUAGAGAUGAUUUUGAUUGGUUUUAGCACUGGAAAUGGCUUGAAACUGAGCUCAAAGUAGCAGAAAUGUUAAAUUUUUGCCGAUAUUCAAGAGUAAACAAACGACCUCACACGUCUAAUACACGCCACCUGGUGGGUCUAAUAUACAUUCACAAAUAUGGUGAUGAUAUUUAUACAAUUAUUACAGUAUUGCAUAACAGUAAAUCUUCUAUUUUUUGGUGUGAAUAAAAAUUCAUUAUGUGAAUAAAAAAUCAAAAUGGAAUUUAUUUGUAAAGCCUCAAAACAUAACUAAUGAACAGAGGAAAUGUUAGUUUAGUGCCAGGAAUGCCUACAUUGUUCAUUCUGGACCCUAUUUUGAAAUUGGAAUAUUUUGAACUUUGUGUUAAAUUGGCCAAAUUAACAAUUUCCGAUCACUUUAUUUUGUAGUUGAAACAGUUGACUUGGCGAUUUCUUGUGCUCAAUCGAUAGAAUAGAAGUAAUACUAGUGAAAUAGCUAAGAAUUUGGUUGAUUGGAAUAAUGUAAUAGGCCUAAAAUAGGAGUCAAAGUCGGCAAAAUCGCCGAUUCGUAAAUAUCGCUGACACAUCAAAAUUCGCGAGAGCAUAAUUUCGUCAAUUUUCCACCAAAUUUCGUACUUUUUGUUUUAUUACCUUCACAAAAAGAUUCUCUACGAUUUCAUGAGAAAAAAUAACAAUUUUUUUUUUUUUUUAAAUUCUUGGACACUGGUGCGUGACUCCAGAUUUGGGCCUUGGACCCUGAAAGGGUUAAUGUUGACUGGGGACACUUCAGUCCAUGUGCUUUUGAUAUAGUUGCAAUGUCAAAUUUAUGCCAGAAGUCUGGCACUCCAAGCUCCGAGUCCAUUGCUCCGAUAAGUUUCUGCAUAACCUUUUGUGUGUAGUUGCACUUUAAUGUCUUAACUCCUCAUUCCAGUGAUUGUAUUAAAGGGUACGCAUCCUCCAAAAAUUCUUGUUUGAGUAUGGUAAUUUUUUUUUUUUUUUUAAUGAACUGGCUGUAUCACACUGGGGCAGGGUGAUUGAAAAAGAAAAAUGAAAGCUUCUCUUUUUAAAUUUAGUAAUUUAUACAGGAGAAGGGGUUACUAGUCCUUGCUCCCAGCAUUUUAGUUGCCUCAUACAACACGCAUGAUUUACGGAGGAUGACUUCUUUUCCACUUCCCUAUGGAGGAGAGUAUGGUAAUUAUCAAGAAUAAAGAGAAUCUUGAAUGCAAAGUUCUUGCUGCACAGGUAACACAUAACUUUAGAACUAAAAUGAUGCCUAAAUCAGUCAAUAUAUAAGGUUUCUGUCAUGUAUGUUGACUUCUUUGACCUCCAAUGACUGGUGAGGUGAUUUUGUCUAUACCUUUCAAAGCAUGGGGAGUCUUGGAGCAGGAAAUACUUAAAAUUGCCUGAUGCAUUACUGCACAAUAGCAAGCUGAAGCACUCCUUUACUGCUUUACAUCUCGGUGCAUUUUUCUCUUGCUGUUGAUGCAAGUUCUCGAUGGCAUUUUCUUACAAUAAUGACUUGUCUCAUCAGCAUUAAGUGCUUCCUAUGGCUCAUCGUCACCCUCAAAAAUAAUUUCCUCCAGUUCAGCAGGGAAAUUCCAGGGAGCUGUGCGGUCAGCAGAAGCACUUUUGCCAGAAAAUUUAACAUUAUGCAAGCGAUAGCACAAUUUGAACUAGUGGAACUAGUCAGUACUGAACAAGCAUUUGUGUUGAGGCCUUUCUUCCUUAUUACACACUGUUUUAUAGUAUUCUGAAGUUUCUUGUAUCUUAUAAUGAGGAAUUAAGUGCAGAACUUUGGUUUUCUGCUCAGUCUACUCGCUCAAUAAUUAUUCCCUCUUAUUUUACUGUUGUGACCUGUGUCAUUCUUUCAAGAUGACACAACUUGGGUUACUCAUUGCACAAGCCUAAAUCUUUUGCCAAAAUCUUUUUUUUUUUUUCUUAAUUGCACAAAGUAAUGAAUUAUGCUUGUCUAAGAUCUCAGUAUUUUAAAAACAUCAACAAGACUUUCAAGUUUAUGCUUCUUUAUGCUUCCAGCAUUGUUCACUUUGCACUUGGGUGCCAUAGUUACUAUCCAGUGACAAGAUAGAUGGUGAAAAGAUCGAAAAUCUAUUCACUAACACAUUGAAUAUGGAGAACUGACAGUAUGGGAAGUUGUUACCUAGGCCUCCUCUAUGGCAAGAUGGAAGGGGAAAAACCUGUAGUGUGCUAUAUUUUUUCCCUAAAUUUAUUCCAUGGCAAAUAUUAAAUACAGCAUUCUCAUCAGAAAUAAGCUGCAGUUUUUCAGGGCAUGUUACCACAAAAAUUUUUAAUAGAUCAACGGUCUACUUAUUUGUAAAAUACGGCAAAAUUUUGAAUGCUGCAGUGAAGAAGAUGCUAGAGGCAGUGGAGAUGUCAUGUUUGAGAGUAAUGUGUUGUGCAGAUCUCAUGCAGAGAAUUUUGAGUGUAAAAAUUGAAAGGCAGUGUGGAGUGACUAAGGGUAUAAUUCAGAGAGCUGAGAAGAGGUUGUUGAGGUAGUUUAGGCAUGUAGAAAGGAUGGACAGGGAUGGGUUAACGAAGAGGGGUGUAUAAAUCUGGAGUGGAAAGUAUAGGGUUGGGGGUUGUCCCAGGAAUGGUUGGAGGGAGGGGGUACAAGAGGCUUUGAGUUUUAGGGGGUUAAGCAUUCAACAAUCUUGUGUGAGCACAUUAAAUAAGAGUGAAUGGAUAGAGACAAGUGGCUUUUAAUGGAUGUGCUAUUGAAGUGUAAGCAGGGUAACAAAUGAAGGGAUUCAGGGAAACCUGUUAGCCUGACUUGAGUCCUGGAGGUGGGAAGGGCAAUGAAGGAGUGGUGCAGAUGUUGCAAUCAGAGAGUAAUCUGUUUGUGAUGUCAACACAAUCAGAUUAUGACAGUUCAGUAAUUGUUGAUGAAUAUGCUGUCUUCUUUGGGUCACCCUGCCUUGACAGGAGAUAGCCGUUGAAUUUAAGAACUAAAACGGAACAAAUGUAUUAUAUAAAUGCAGUGGAAAAUGCUCUUGUCUCAUUUUGUAUGCAGUAUAACAGAGGAUCACUGCUGAGUUAUAAGAUUAGCCACUGUUCUUAGCCUUAAGACUAAAAGUAUUUUCUUUCUUCGGUUUACUAACAUGAAAUUCAAAUCAUGUUUGUAUAUGAUAAUGCCAAUAAAUAACAUUGUUUAGCUCAUGGUGUGGGAAAGAGCAGUGAACUUGAUCGCAUGGGAGAGAGGGUGAGUAUAGUAACCAGUCAGGUUAAGGAGAGGGAAAAGAGGGUGUCACCUGCCUGUCCUCUAAUCUUUUUUUUUUUUUUUUCUUGGUCAGUCAUUCCUUCUGUCCUCCCCACCUGCCAACCACUGAUGUGUACUAAACAUUAUUAACUGCCAACAAGCGGGACAAUGUAAAAAAUAAAUCUACAGUUCUCUACCAGUCUCUGCCAAAGAAAUGUGUUGGUUGUGAGUAGGGCCUUCCUAGCAUGAAUCAGCCACUGGGCUUACUGCAGUGAAUUUCUGUUCUUACAUAAUGUUUGUGUUUGAAUAAAACCUGCCUGUCAUGGGUUAGUAGGCCUGCUGAAGUGCUCAUUUGUCAUGAAAUGGUUGGUUAUUAGUAGAUCUGCCGAGCAUGAGCAAGUAGUAGUUGUAUUGUAAUGCUCCUUUAUUCUUAUGUUUAUCAAGUCUUUCAGCUGAUUUGACUUUUGUGUUUCAUUACUGUUUUCCAAGUUUUGCCUAGAACAUAUUUUUGCAUCAGAACCAGUGAUUCCUUUUGAAGUCUCUCAGAAGCUAGGAUAGACUAAUACCUGAGAUCUGUGAAAAGAAAAAGGAUUUUUUGACAAAGAAAAUCACGGGUCAGUCUAUACUCAUAGUUGGAUUAUACUUGAGUAUAUAAUUUGUAUACAUAUGUGUAUAUGUAUGUAAAACUUUAAUUAUUGAUGUCAUAAAUUUUUUUUAGCAUAUCCAUAAAUAUAAGAACAGAAGUGUGGUUAAGUAAGCCGCCCCCACAAGAUAUUAAAACUUAAUUUGUUAUUUAACUUUUAUUUUUGCACAUUUUAGGGUUCAUUGUGGAAAUUACAUAUUGUUAAACAUCAGAAAAACUUGCAUAUGUUAUUAAAGAAAUUAGGGGACUUAAAGAUUUAUUAUGCUAUUCACUACUAAGCUAGAGUGCUUCCUGAAAUAGAGGAUAAGUAGAACUCUAUUUCUGGUACAUCAGUAGACUUCAUUGGUAGUUUGGGGCAAAGUACAUGUACACUACUAUUAUGUAAUAGAAAUAUUUAUUGAUGAUUUAAGCAAACAUUGGCUAGUUAAGAUAUAUUUUAACAUUCUCUGAUUUUCAACAUAUUACUUAUAUCCCACAAAGGUAGUGAUUUAAACAAUGAAAUGUUCAUCAUCUUUCAUUCCCUGUCUUUAAUAAGCACAAUAAUAUGUGAAUGAAAUAACUUUGUCAGCAGUAUAAGUUAUUUCUAAAAUCAUACAUUAUAUACUAAAGACUAAUGGAAAUUAUUUGUUGGCAUUUUCCUAUAACUUUCCUAGUCAUGUAUGCCUCAGUGUUACUACAUAAUUUUUCAAUUUUUUUAGAAUCAUAAAAUUAAUAAAUUUUCUUAUAAUUUAUAAAUGUUGGCAUUAGGAUAAUUUAUUGAUAAAUAUCACUUUAUAAAUGUCUAGGAUUUGUGCACAGUAGAUUGAAAAUGUAUUUAAAUUUGCAAAAUCAUUAAUUAUUCAAAUAUCUCUGAAAAUAUAUUUCCUUUGUUACAACAGUCAGAUCAGUCCCUCACAGUUUAUCUUUACUUUUAAAAUCAUUAGCCUAGUGCCUUUCAGAAUAUUUAGAAAGACAGUUUAUACCUGCAUAAACAUUGUUAGCAUCAUUAACUCCAUGUGUUACUAUGUAUAUUAUAUCACUUGUCAGUGAUAUCCAAACUGCCUACAUAUAUUUUAAGUGACAAUUACAUGAUGAAAUGUUAAUAACUUGUGUCAAAUUUAUAUUUCUCAACUAGAUUAGUAUCACUAUAGGUUAAUAUAUGUACCAUGUAGAAAUGUGUAAUAAAAUGAUAUUUUGAUACUGUUUCCAAUUUUCAAUGUCUUGUAUAUCAACAGAAAGUUAAAAGGAUGCACUAGUUUAUUAACCCUUUGAGGGUCGACAGGUCCUCUCAGAGACUCGUUCUCAGGGUCGGCCAAAUUUAAAAAAAAAAAAAUGAUUUUUUCUUAUGAAAAAAGUUUUUUUUUUUUUAAAUAUUAUAGGCUAAACAAAAAAUUUUUACCAUCGAUACUUACCGAGAUAUGGAGGCGUGAAGUUGAUGAAAAAGGAGGACAAUGUGACAACAUCGUCGACUGCCGUCUCCCGGUAUUCUUUUACAUGUACAGUGGACCCCCGCAUAACGAUCACCUCCGAAUGCGACCAAUUAUGUAAGUGUAUUUAUGUAAGUGCGUUUGUACGUGUAUGUUUGGGGGUCUGAAAUGGACUAAUCUACUUCACAAUAUUCCUUAUGGGAACAAAUUCGGUCAGUACUGGCACCUGAACAUACUUCUGGAGUGAAAAAAUAUCGUUAACCGGGGGUCCACUGUAUUUACUUUCUUAUGUACUAAUUUCUAUUAUUUUUUAAUUUUUCUUUUUCCAAGUAACUUUUAUGGCCUGAGACCAGUAUGAUCAGUAUUUUGUAAGUUUUUUCUUUUUCAAUACUACACAAUAAGGGCGUAAACACUGUUGUCAUUGUUUUGUUUAUAAAAAAUAUUUACACAAACAAACGAUAUGAAAUGUUGUUUAUUACUAUUUUUCUAUAUUUUAUGUACACAUAUACAGUCACAGGGAAUGUUUCUAGAAGUUCUGCAGCCUGUGGAAGUCUUUGAAACAUGGUUUUACACUCCUCACACAUAAAAUGAGUGUCUCUGCGUUGUUGUGGGUGUUUCCUUGUAUGGGCACAGACGUAACACCUCUUCUGAGCCUUUUUCUUGAAAGCAGUAACAGACAGUUUUACCAGGAAGUGAUCGCCAUGCUUCAAAUGAGAAGGGAGUUGUUGAUAAUUUGGUGGGCGGUCUAUUGCAGGUGUUCUUCCUUGGUACUUAAAUACUAUUUGUCUGAUGACAGACAAACAGAAUUUGCCGUAUUGUGGUUUGUUUCUGGUCCUCAUCUUAUACAUAUUAUAAGCAUUGAGCAUGGAAAUGUCCAGAAGAUGGAAAAAGAGUUUUAUGUACCAGUUAUAACUCUUGAGAACACAAUCAGCAAACCCAAUCUGCAUGUCAUAUUUGUCCACUGAAUGCAUAUUGAAGGUGUAAUCAAUCACAGCUGCAGGUUUUAGAAUGGGUUCAUUGCUUUCUCUAUGCUGCCUGCCAGUGUCUGCCAUUUCAUUAGGGUGAACUGAUGACCACAGUGUGACAUCUCGUUUGUCAUGCCACCGAAAUGCCAUGAUGUCAUUGGCAGCAAACGCCUGCACCUCGCCUCUACGAGUGCCAGCGUCAAACCUGGGCAUAUGUUUCCGAUUUACACGCACUGUGCCACACACAUCUGUCAUGUUCACUCGCAAAAAAUCACUGAGUGAGGGGCUUGUGUACUAGUUAUCAGUAUAUAAUAUAUGCCCCUUACCAAGGUAUGGUUCUAUCAUUGUUCUAACCACAUCACCAGAGAUGCCCAAUAACUUCCUGGUAUUUUGCAAUGUAUAACUUCCAGUGUACACAAUAAUAUCCAAUACCAGACCACUGUAACAAUCAUAAAGCACAAACGCCUUUAUACCAAAGCGUUUCCUCUUGCUUGGUAUGUACUGCUUGAAAAAGUCUCUUCCUUUGAACAGAAUCAAAGACUCGUCAAUUACAAGCUUCCUGAAGGGAUAAAAAUACAUAUUGAAUUUCUCUUUCAGAUACACAAACACAUGCCCCCUUCUGGCAAGACAGUGAUGGAGUGAAUGAUGGUGAAAGUUUUUCUUUUUCGGGCCUUGGUGGGAAUCAGCCAGUGUGUUAAUUAAAAAAAACAAAAACACACAUAUGCCUAAUCUUAUAUAACCUGUCGCUUCUGUCAGGCCUGGUUUUGUCUGAGAAGUGAAGCAUACGUAACAUUAGCACAAAUCAAUUCACUGGCAUUAUAUCACUGAAACCUGGGGUUGCAAUCAGGCGGUCUGUUGACCAUUAUGAUUUCACUUUGUGCUUAUACACAUGUGGCAUAAGCAUUAUUGUGGCAAAGAAAAGAUACAUCUCAGCCACAGUUGCCUCCUUCCACUGGUGUAGACGUGAUUUUGGUGAAAGUAUUGUGUUUGCCAUGGUGUACUCGUAGUAUGUGUUGCUUUCCAUGACAAUACUUUCGAUCAGGGGUUCGUCAGAGAAUAACUCGAAACAUUCCAGUUCAGUGGCAUUGUUCCCAACUGUACAAGAUGGCCGUAUUCCACUUUGGCUGUCGUCAAACUGGUGGGCAUUUGGAAUAAAACUGACAGCUUCCUGCCAAUCCCAGGUGCAGUCUGCUGGUGGGUACUGGACAAUGACUUGUCGUUGUGGAGGCUGGUGUGGUGGGUGGGUGGGGGAUGGUGGCCUUUGUUGUAGAUCAGCUGAGGCAGCGGCGUGGGUGGCAGCAUGGCCCACUGCUGGUGCCUCACGGCCGUCACCACCACCACCAUGCACAUUUUCCAUCCCAAUUGCAACACUAUCAUCGUCAUUUUCAGUCUGUUCCUGUUGUACAGCCACGGGAUGUACUCCGAGAUGUACUCCUUCCCCUUGGAAUAGCAUAUGGCACACUACCAGAGCGCAUAUAUCGUCGUAUAUACUGACGCUUCACUGGGGAAUAUUCCACUUCACUAUCGCUACUGGAACUGUUUUCAAGAGCUUGUAGUUCAUAAUCACUAUCACUAUCAUCACAAAUGCUCACAUCUGAGUCUGGGAUUUGGGAAAAUACGAGUUUCCUCUUUGAUUCUGGUACAACUGAACGUGAACAAGACGGCCCAGCACCAGAGGUGGAAGGCUGAGGGUCGUCUGGGUUUUCCUCACUAUUACCGAUAUUAUGGUCAUUAGUUUCGGUCAAAACCUUACCAAAACCUUGAAACUCACCUUCACUGGCACUUCCAUCUGUAUUAGAACUGUCACUGGGGAACAAAAGUGUCCCAAUUUGCCGAGGGGUGAGGAACUUCUUACCGCGAGGCAUGGUGGACAUUGUGUACUAAGAUGGCAUUCCCACAAUGCACCACUGGGUCCCAGAUUUUUUUUCUACCGCACACACAGACCCAUCUCUGACAUCUAGGCCUACCAGCCUUUUCCUGCGAGAUUUGACGGCGCUAGAAUUUAUGCGUACUAGUACGUCAAAAACCCCUGCGCGUAAGCCGUACUAGUACGUCCGAAACCCUCAAAGGGUUAAAAAUUUACCAGAUUUAAAGUAAGAAGUUAAUUGAGUGCAUGACAAGUAUUGCUAAUCCCAGUAUUGUCAGUCCUAUCACAGCUCUGAUAAUUUUGUUGUUGCUGAUUGUGAGAACAUAUGGGCAUAAAAGUAUAUAACCAGCAUGUUUCUUUAUGUAUUGUAUUUGUUAAACUUUUACAUUGUACAUUCAGCAAGAAAUAUCAUUCCCAUUGCAUCUGUAAAACUUUUACAAAUGUGUGUAAGAUACAGCCUGUGCUUUUCAGAUAAUAUACAACUUUGUAUUAUGACAGAAUUACAUAUAUCAUGUUUUUUAUUCUGUUGCCCCCUCUUUUUUUUUUUUUUUUAGUGAAAAAUUAUUCCAUUAAUCACAAACUACUUGUAAGGAUAGAUAGGGUGGACAAGGAAAAACUUGCCCAAGAAUUUAACCAAAACAAGGGGGCAUAGUUGGACAUUGCACACUGAGAUGAGCCACAUGGAUAUCAGAAAGUACUUUUCUUUGCAACAAUGGUAAUGAAUUGAAAAUAAGCAAAACGUGAUAGUGAAAUGGCACAGCUAUUUCAUAUCAGUCAUAGCUUGAGUUUGACAAAUUUAACUCAAAUAGGUAAUUAUACACAAACAAAUAUAAAUGUUUUUCUUGUAUUUCAGCUAUAACUCUUGGUGCUUUAAAUGAAAUCAUAAGUAAUCUCAUAGUUUGGUCUACAUUUUAUUUCUCUGUAGUCUUUCAAUUUAACUUUAUAUGCUAAAGCAAAAGAAAGACCAAACUUAUUCUGCUUUGAAUAUACAUAUUUGUGUACACCAGGACCCUACAAAAAAGAGAAUUUUAACUUUAUACAUCUUUUUCAAAUGUGACCCAUGGGCUAUGUUUGAUUCCAAAUGAUUCUCUCUUCUUCAUAGUAUUAUGUUUUAUUUUUCCAUUAUACCUGUCAGUAUGUUAAUCUUAUGAAAUAAAAUACACAUUAUUUUUAUUGUAUACAUUUCUUUGAGAUCUAAAUUUAAAGUUACUGUACCCAGAAAACAUUGAUACCAGUGCAUGAAGCAAAAUCCUGAAGAGACAGGUUAACUUGUACCAAAUCUGUUAUUUUAUUCUGAAUACCAGUUUGUAGCACUUGGCCACCAGUUUUAUCAGAAAUGAUGGGCAAACAUACACACCAAUUAAGCUCACUGUUCAGCACUACUAAAGUAUAUAAUCUUUACUCAUUGUAUCCACCAAGCUGAUUAGUUAUAUUAAGUUUAUGCCUCAAUAAUAAAAAAAAUAAGUGCUAAACCUCUAUGGGUCAUACAACUCUGGCAUGAUGUGCAGGAUAGAUUAGUGAGAGUCCAAAAUUCAUAUCAAAGUUAAUAGGUUAAUUUCUGUUAGCGAAUUCAAAAGUGAGUCAGUGUUGAAAGUAGAACCUUCAGCGAGAAAGCAAGUUUAGAGUGAGAACGAUAGGCCAUUGCAAAUGUGGAAAAUUAAUUUUGUGUACUUUUUGACUUCAAUAAUAUUAAUAUAUAUAAUAAUACCUCUAUCCUUCAUGUGGUGGUCCACUCGUCUUUUGUACCUCCGCCUUGUACUGUAUGUUUUACCAUCAUAUUUAUUUUCAACUUUAACAAUGCAGGGUAAGCCUUUAUUCCACGCAUCUGUAAUAGUUUGCUUGAGUUCCAGCUUCUUUGGGUGCUGAUCUACAUCUGAGGAUUUUGCUAGGCUUCUGGAGUACGUUUAAGCCAAACCUGGGCCUCUCUAAGGUCUUAAUUUCCAGCUCCUGGACCUCUUGAGAGGGUUGAGCUAUAACUCCUAGGUCUCAUAAGGGAGCCAAGUUGCAUUAUUAUUAUUCAAAACUGCUAAACCUACAUUGGUCAGCUGAGUUGCAGCUGUUUCUUGAGGGUUUUGAGUAAAAAACUAUGCCUCUUGCAUGCAUAGUGGUAAAGGUGGCUGAGGGUAUGGGAGAUACUUAUUGAAUCAUGCAGUGAUCACAUCCAGUUGUUAUAUUAACAGAGAAGUAGUAAACCCAUGAGGGUAAUACAGUAUAUGCCUGUAGAAUGGGAAGAGUGGGUGUAAUCAGGGUUGGUUUGAGGAAGGGGAGGGUAGCUGCAUUUACUCAAACAAGAGCCCUUUAUCAGCAUCAAGUCUACCCCUUUGAAAGGAAAUCUGAUGAAUCAAGCCUCUCAAAAAGGUUAUGGAAGAAAUAAAAACCUUUCAACAAACCAACCAUAUCCCACCAAAGGAGGGUGGCCCAAAAAGAAAAACAAAAGUUUCUCUUUUUAACUUUAGUAAUGUAUGCAGUAAUAAUCAUGCAGGAAUGGGGAAGCUCUUGAGAAUUUAUGGAAGAUAACCCAUGAAGGGAGAGUGUGGGGUGCAGUGCCCUGAUUCUAGUAAAUGAUUCUUGAUUUAAGAAAUUCGAACUACUCUCCUUCUCUAAAUCAAACCUGAUUGCCUCCCAUUCCACAGGGUGCUGUAUGGUCCUUACAGGCUUAGUAUUAAUCUAUGUACAGCGAAGCCUCGGUACUCGAACUUAAUUCAUUCCAGAAGGCUAUUCAAGUGCCAAUCUGUUUGAGUACUGAACGAAUUUUUCCCAACCAAAUUUUUGUUCUUGGCUUUUAUCGCUAAUCUUCUAAUGGCCCCUUGGUGACUUAUUCAUACGUAUAAUAUAAAAAAAUGCCAAAAAAUGCGAAGAGAAACAAAAUAGUUUACAGUGAAGUUCUGGCAGGCUGUUUGGUUGAGUGCCGAGCAAAUAGUCUACUACCGAGCGAUUUUUUUUUUUUUUUUUUUACCAAACAAAAUGUUCAAAUAUCAAAUUGUUUGAGUAGGGAGCUGUUCAAGUACCAAGGUUCCACUGUAAAUAGUAAAAUAAUUACAAUAUAAGGAAGGAGGACCAAAAUAUUCUGACAGAACAGGAAAUAAGUUUUACAUUCCUCAUAAGCUUAGAAUGACUUGCCAAAUUAAUGGCCUCUUUGUGGAAAAGGCAUAGACAUCGUGUAGUAAAUCAACUCCUUGGGCAGUAAAUUAUGGAAAAUAACUUUGCAGCAUUGUACAAGAAUAUUUUCACUUUGAGUCUACCCACAGAACUGAAUGAUCAUCCACUUUGGUUUAGGAGGGAGAUGGCCGACUUGUUGAAAAAAACAAAAAAAAUUAAUGUACAGUAGACCAUCAUUUAACAUGAUUUUUUCUGGCACAUUUUGGUUAUAGCAUGAUUGAAGAAUUGUGGCAUAUUUUUGUAUGACACUUCGUAAAAUUUACACGAUUCGCGGGAAGGGAAAAAAUUUUGAACGCGUUGCCUGCGGGAUAUGUACCAUCCUCUGCUAGGAGUUUAUAUCUUUUUCUUGCCAUAUCUUAAAUCUUCCAAGCAAUCAUGGCACCCAUUAGGCAUACAAGUGUUGAUGAAAGUGGCAAGAAAAGGCUUAAGCGUUUAAUGUCUUAGAAUUAACGAAGAAAAUAGAGAUAUUAGACGAGAUAGCCAGUGUCCGUAAUGAAGCUUCUCUUUGUGCACAUAAAAAGAAUGAGGUAAAUGUGAGUUUGUGUGAUGACUGACUGAUUUACUGACCAACUUGACUGACUUACUGAUUGACUGACUUGACCAAUUUACUGACUGACUGAAAGUUAGACUUUUUUACUGAAGAGGACCCUGAAAUGGUGUCUAGAGCAGCUGAUACCUUAUCUCAGUUGUACGUAUGAUGUACUGCGGGUAAAAUAAAACGGAAAUCCAUUACAGAAUUUAUGCACACUCGAGUACAACCAUUGACUUCAGUACCAGUACCUCUACCAUCCACCUCAGCCCAGUAGGGCCACAGCAUAACUCUCCAUAAUCAUCCACAAACACCAGCACCCACAAUUUAAGGUAAGGAAUACUAUUAUUUCUGUUACAUUUGUAAUCUUAAGCAGUGAAAAGAACAUAAUACAUCACAAUGAACUACAAUUACAUAUUUUUUUUAUUUUUGUAAGAUCUGGAAGUCUAAAAAAAAAGUUGUUUGGAUUUUUUGGGGCUCCUAGGAACAUAACCCUAUUUUUCCCAUAAGUUCUUCAAUUUGUCUAACACAGUUUUUAACUAAAACAGCGUUUUUAGGAACGUAACUACAGUGUUAAAUGACGGUCUACUGUAUUACAAAUUUUAACAAAAAUGCUCACUACUGCGAGACACUACAGACCAAGCAAGGUUAAUAUUAUGAAGUAAGGGAACAGUCACCACACUUGAAAGAUCAGAGCAUAAACAGUAGGGAACACACACACACUUCUUUGAUAUUAAUACUGUUUUUUGGUGCAUUUUCAUAAAAUAUUUGAUCAACCAGGCUAUCAUGAGUACAUUGAUAUGCAAGCAGUGAGAAAUAAAUGAAACAUUAUUGUUUAGGGCAUUACCUAAGAAGUGUGCUCUCCAAUUGGGUUGCUGGUUUUGGUAAAGAUGACAGUGCCUAUUUCAAAUAAUAAUAUACCCUAUACUAUACUUGCAAAGAAUAGAUUAAGGGGGCUACAUUGUGAAUAAUCCAAACUUUUUUUUUAUUUUAGUAAACCCUAGAUAUAAUGGACCCCAAUAUAACAAACUUUUAAAACAAUGGGCAAGAUUCACUGGGUAAAUUGUAAUUUCAAUUUCUUUACUUUCAGUAUUUAUUACAUUAUAUUAUGUCUACACUGUUUAUUAGGCAUAUAGUAGAAUACCUCAUUUUUUUUUUUUAAACAUUCUUAUUUAAUGGACACUCAGACAUUCCCCUCUAUUAGUCCACUACAUUGAGGGUUUACUGUACAUAAUGUUAGUGAAGAGCACUUCAAAAAAGACAGUACGUACAAUAGAGUACCGUAAAUGAAAUUACUUAUAUAUAUAAAAUGUUCAUUUUGUCUGCCUGAGAGCCUUCACUGAUGCCAUUAAGGGCUGUUGAUUCAAGGAACUGCUCUUAACCUCCUUCCUUGGAUUGAACCUAAAUGCCUCCCAAGCCCUGUAUAACCCGUAAGGGCUUAGUGUUUCCCAUGAUUAGAAUAAACAUAGGUAAGCAUUUCACUUUCAUGCCCUGUACAGCCUCUCCUCACUUAACGACGGAGUUCCGUUCCUAAGAUGACAUCGUUAAACGAAUUAAUCGCUAAGCAAGGAGCAUAUAUAUACAGUGGACCCCCGGUUAAUGAUAUUUUUUCAUUCCAGAAGUUAUGUUCAGGUGCCAGUACUUACCAAAUUUGUUCCCAUAAGGAAUAUUGUGAAGUAGAUUAGUCCAUUUCAGACCCCCAAACAUACACGUACAAACGCACUUGCAUAAAUACACUUACAUAAUUGGUCGCAUUGGGAGGUGAUCGUUAAGCGGGGGUCCACUGUAUAUACAUAUGCUCUUAUAAAAUGAAGAUUAGAAUUUAGAAGCAUGAGAAAUACCUUAUUUUUUUGUUUGUACCAUCCAAUUUUUAUCUCCUUUUUGUACUGUAAUGUAUUAUAUAGGCCUUGUACAGGUUUAUAAAAUCUCAGUAUAAUUUAUUACCCUUUAUAGCCACUGGCUUAAAUUCCAAAAGGUUAUGGACUAAUAUCUUUCAGUAAAUGAUUUAUUUGCUCAAAUAUCAUUUUAUCAAAUACCUAGCAAUUUUUUUUUAUUACGGUAUGCAUUUUCUUUAAAUUGUAUUGUGUAUACCAGUACUGGAAUUAGGGUAAAUUACAAUAUAAGGAAUGUAACAUUUCUCUUUUAUGUACAGUAUAUAUUAUUAUAAUUGUUCAUUUGUUGUUUGUAUAUCUUUUAAAGUUGAAUAUACAUAUGUCCUAAGUUUUUUUGUGUGUGGGGUACUUGUUUCCAAAAUUAAUAAUAUAACAAUUAUACAGCUUAUGGAAAUUGGUAAAUUUAAUUUUUUUGCAGUAGUACUGUACAGUACUAAUACUGCAGUAGUAGUAACAGUAAAAGUACUGCAGUAGUAAUAGUAAUACUGUACUAGUGCUACAGUAGUAAUAAUAUAUUAAUACUAGUACUUCAGUAGUAAUAAUAACUUCAGAUACUAUAAACUUUUCUCAUGUUUUGUGUAAAUAUUUUCAUGUAGACUGUAUUAUGUAAAUAUUCAUCACUGUGAUGGCACUUGUUCUUGUUUGUUUUCUUUUCUUAAUAUAUUCCUGGCAUAAACACUUGAUGCACACAUCUUAAGUACUGUAUAUUGUUAUUAAGUUGCAAAUAGACUUCAAAUUCACAAUAAUUAAAAAGUAAAAAUUCACAAUACUGUUACUGCGUCAAUUCACAAAUAACCCACACUUUGUAGAGGUACAGUAACAUUUCAGUUCAUUCUACACCAUUAUCAAGACAGAAUGGUCCAGGACAGACUGGAAGAUCAUCAAAAGUUUUGUCUCCAAAGUGUAGGUAAUUUGCUAAUUUAUGAUGUAUACUUUUUUGGAAUUGAUUUAGUGACUCCUAUGUGUUGGAAAAUAUAUUUAAUUCAAAUUCACAUUUAUAUUUCUUUGCAUAGUAUACAAUGUGUGAUUUACAUGUUAUAAAAUAUUGUUAAGCACAAAGAAAGCCAUUGUUGUUUUCCUUUGCAGAGCUAAUUAUAAGAGCAUAGCAGUUAUCAGAAAAUAGAAACAUACAGCUGCACCAUGUAUAAUACUGUAACUCUUAUGUAAUUGAGAUAUAAGAUUGAACCAUUAAGAUAUUGUUCAGUAGCACCAUAUGGGAAUAAACAUGUCAAAGGAACAUGUAUAGAGCAGAAAAUCCAUUUUAUAGAAAGUACAUCAAGAAAAAUUGUAUGAUGAGAAUUUUACCAUUUAUAAUGUAUUCUCUUUAUUAACUGUUCAAAAGUGUUUCAUGUAAACAGAUUCACCUGUAAUAUAAUCAGUGAUAAUUUGUGUUUCCCACUGGAAAGGAAAAAGUCAUAUAUGGGUAAUAAAAGUAUGCUAGUCCAAUUUUGCAUAUGUUACGUAUUGCCAGUAUCUGAACUAGUGGAAAAUUUCUGAAUUUAUAGUAGAAAAAUUUCUAAAUCAGAAUUCUUCAAAUAAAAGUUGUUGUUAGUAAAAAUUUGAAUUUAGAAUGCUCCUGACAUAACUAUAUCAGAUUUUUAGAAUACAUACAGUAAUAAGUAUAAAAAUAUUCUUGGUAAACUGCAAUAAAAAUGUUGAAGAAUAUUUUUUGUUUGAAUAUGAGGUGUCCAAUUUUGUUUGAAUUUUGCCCAUGCACCUAUUAUUCAAAAGAAGAGAUUACUGUAUUUAUAUGUACAUAUACUGUAUUCUCAAAUGCCUUGAUCACUGUGAUUAAUUUCCUCACUUUUCUGUUAUAUGAAAAUGUAACUAAUGUACUGAUGUCAAAUUAAAUUUAUUAUUAUA